AGCCGUUCAGGGGUCUGCAGCAGGUUCGGAAGAUGCCGCCCAAGGGAAAAAGUGGCUCGGGGAAAGGGGGAGCAUCCUCUGGGAGUGACAGUUCUGACAAGAAGGCUCAGGGUCCCAAAGGUGGUGGCAAUGCAGUAAAGGUCAGACACAUUCUGUGUGAAAAACAUGGGAAAAUCAUGGAAGCCAUGGAAAAGUUGAAGUCUGGAAUGAGAUUCAAUGAAGUGGCCACACAGUAUAGUGAAGAUAAAGCCAGGCAAGGGGGCGACUUGGGUUGGAUGACCAGAGGUUCCAUGGUGGGACCAUUUCAGGAAGCAGCAUUUGCCUUGCCUGUGAGUGGGCUGGAUAAGCCUGUGUUUACAGACCCUCCGGUUAAGACAAAAUUUGGGUAUCAUAUUAUUAUGGUUGAAGGGAGAAAAUAAAGUUGUAUGAAAGACUGAAU